AUGAAUUACCGAACUUUCCGCUGGACCCAGACCAUGUUGUUUGCCAUCGACGAAAUAAACAACAUGAAUGAGCUGCUGCCCAACACCGACCUGGGCUACGUCAUCUAUGACUCCUGCUUCACCAUUUCCAAGGCCGUGGAGGGCACCCUUACAUAUUUAACCGGCCAAGAGGAGGCCGUGCCGAACUACCGCUGUGGCACGGGCCCCCCCUUAGCAGCUCUUGUUGGGGCGGGAGGCUCUGACCUGUCCGUCGCCACAGCCAGGAUCCUCGGACUCUACCAUUUUCCACAGGUAAAUAACUAUAUGACAGCAGCAUGCCUGAACAGCUGGUUUCAAUUCCCGACCUUCCUGAGGACCAUUCCCAGCGACAAGCACCAGUCGGACGCCAUGGCCCGGCUGGUGCUGCACUUUGGUUGGACUUGGGUCGGAAUCAUAGCGGCAGACGAUGACUACGGCAAGUACGGCAUCAAAGACUUCAAAGAGCAGGUAGAAGAUGCCGGCGUCUGUAUCUCCUUCUCUGAAACUCUGCCUAAGGUGAAUUCUCCUGAAGACAUCCAUCGGAUCGUCCAAACCAUUAUUGAGUCCACGGCAAAGAUCGUUGUCGUCUUUUCCUCAGACGUAGACCUCAGUCCUCUGGUGCUUGAGCUGAUCCGGCAAAACGUGACCAAUCGCACUUGGAUCGCCAGUGAGGCCUGGGUCACUUCAGCCCUUAUCAAUCAACCCGGAGUGAGCUCUGUACUAGGCGGCACGAUUGGCUUUGGGGUGAAGAGGGCCGACAUUCCUGGUCUUCAGCGACAUUUACUGAAUCUGGAUCCCUAUGCCGAUCCUCUCACUGAGGAAUUUUGGGAGACGCUAUUCAACUGCACGUUAGACUACGGCAAAGCUUUAAGAGACUCCAAAGAAAGGGCCACGGUGUUCAACGGGACAAUGUCGAAGGCUUUUCCCGCCGGUUUGUGUACUGGCAGCGAGUCAUUAGCUCAGCUCAACAACACCUACUCUGACAUUUCUCAGCUCCGAAUCACCUACAGCGUAUACAAAGCGGUGUAUGCCGUUGCCCAUGCUCUGCACAAUCUGGAGCACUGCGAGCCGGGACACGGGCCAUUCAUUGGGAUCGGCUGUGCUGAUAUCACCAAGUUUGAGCCGUGGCAGCUUAUGUACUACUUGAAGAAUGUGCGCUUCAAAGUGCCACACACAGAUGAGGAGGUCUACUUUGACGGCAGAGAUGUGGAGGGAUAUUACGACAUCAUCAAUUGGGGACUCGACAGUAACGGGGGAAUAUUAUAUGUGACCGUGGGGCAAUACAAUGCUUCCUUGGCCCCAGAGGAGAGGAUGACUAUUAAGAAUGAUUCCAUUGUCUGGAACAAUGAAGCAUUAGAGCCACCUCGGUCAGUGUGCAGUGAGAAUUGCAAGCCUGGCACCAGGGAAGGGAUCCGACAGGGAGAGCCGGUCUGCUGCUUCGACUGCAUCCCGUGUGCCGAUGGCGAAAUUAGCAACAUGACGAAUGCCCGUGAGUGUGUCCUGUGCGGUGGUGACCACUGGUCCAAUGACGCUCACGAUGCCUGCGUGCCAAAGAUCAUCGAGUUCCUGGCUUUUGGAGAGCCACUUGGCAUCACUCUUAUUGUCAUCUCUGCCUUUGGAGCCCUUGUCACCUUUGCUAUAGCGGUGGUGUUUGUUGUACAUUUUGGCACUCCUCUGGUGAAAGCCAACGAUGCUCUGCUGAGCUUUUCGCUGCUCUUCUCGCUGAUGGUGACCUUCCUCUGCUCCAUUGUUUUUCUGGGAGAACCUCAAAAUUGGAGCUGCAUGACCAGCCAAGUAGCUCUGGCGCUGGGCUUCGCACUGUGUCUUUCCUCGCUUAUGGGCAAAGCAGCGUUGCUAAUGCUGAGAGCGCAGGCUAUAAAAGCAGCCCGUGCCAAAGCCAAAGCUGCUGCCAAAGCUGCCAAAGCUGCAGCUGAAGCAGCAGCCAACAGUGGCGGCCCUGACGUCAUCGCAAGCAACACAACAAACCUGAAUAGCCUCGCUGCUCGUGUCAAGCCUGACAUCCUCACAUUUGCCCACCAGAGGGUGAUAGCUGCUGUGGCGACGCUUGUUCAGGCUUUAGCUUGUACUGUGUGGCUCAUCGUCCUGCCGCCCUAUCCUAUGAAGAACACUUCAGCUCAGAAUAUAAAGAUUAUUCUGGAGUGCAAUGAAGGUUCUGUGGUCUUCAUCUGUUGUAUCUUUGCCUACGAUAUCCUACUGGCUCUGCUGGCUUUCAUUUUCGCUUUUCUGGCUCGAAAACUGGAAGACCACUUCAGUGAGGCCAAGUGUGUGACCUUCGGCAUGCUGGUUUUCUUCAUCGUGUGGAUAUCUUUCGUCCCAGCUUACCUCAGCACACGAGGCAAGUUCAUGGUGGCCGUGCAGAUUUUUGCCAUUUUGGCGUCCAGCUUUGGCUUGCUCACCUGCAUCUUCUUGCCAAAGUGCUACAUUCUCCUGCUCAAACCUGAACGCAACACUGAGGAGAUGAUGAGACCCCGCGACAAACCACGCGAUGGAACCUCGACUGGGACGUCGGCGUCACUCGCUACCUACGCCACUGAGGUCAACUCUACAAUCGCAUCAACCCCCAUUGAUGAUUAGGUGACAGAUAAUAGGAUGUGGUGUAGCUUGACAGGGUGAGAUUCAAUGUUCUAUGACAUACAAUGAUAAUUAAGGUCAUUAAUUCACUUGGCCAAUGGAAGUAAAUGUGGCUUCACUUUAUCCCCUACUUGGGGCCCAAGACUUUAUUUAGUCCCAAUGGUUAAUUUAUGAACAUGUAUUUAGCCAAUUACACUCAGGAUAUCAACACCCUGCAUUUAUUUAUGUAGAUUAUAAAUAGAAUCAUAUUUUGGACUUUUAUGUGUACUGCUCAAGCGGCAUUACGUAGAUACUUUC